UGAAUAUUCAAUUGUAAUCAUUUAAAUAUAUUUUUGAACUUAUGUGUCUAAACUGAUUGAGUUUUCUAUAAAAAAGAUUGGCCAUAUCAGUAAAAACUCAAAUUGCGCUUACUCUUAUUUUUCGUGCACAAUAUCAGGCUUAUUCGCCAUUUUCCCUCGUGAAAAUUGAAGUCAAAUAUUUCCGUAAUAUUUUUACAUAUAUCUAGUACCAUGCCUCCUAAAGCUAAAAAGGGAGAUAAUACAAGUAAGAAGACAGAGGCAAAGAAGAAGGAUAAAAUUAUUGAGGAUAAAACGUUUGGUUUAAAAAACAAGAAAGGCAAAGUUCAGCAAAAAUACAUAAAGACUGUUGUAACGCAGGUACAGCAUGGAGGCAAGAGUCAUAGACAGAUGGAGAUGGAGAAGGAUCAGAGGACUAAGGGAGAUCAGAAGAAAUUGGAAAAGCAAGCCCAGUUAGAUGAAUUGAACAAGUUAUUUAAACCUGUUCAACAGAUACAAAAGGUGGCUGCCGGUGUUGACCCAAAGUCUGUGUUAUGCGCAUUCUUCAAAUCUGGACAGUGCAAAAAAGGUGAUAAGUGUAAAUUCUCCCAUGAUCUUAACAUUGAGCGGAAGACAGUAAAGAGGAAUGUUUACGACGAUGGAGAGGAAGGCCCAGCAGAAAUGACCGAGGAAGAGCUAGCAGAGAUGGUUGAGAAGAAACAUGGGCAGCUAAAUAAAUCUCUCCCACCAACUGCCAUCAUUUGUAAGUUCUUCUUGGAUGCUGUGGAGAACAACAAAUAUGGUUGGUUUUGGAACUGUAAGAAUGGAGACAAGUGUCACUACAGGCAUGCGUUGCCAGCAGGUUUUGUACUGAAGAAGGACCAGAAGAAGGAUGAUGAAGGGGAGAAAAAGAUCACAAUUGAAGAGCUGAUUGAGCGUGAGCGUGCAGCAUUAGGAGAUAAUUUGACGAGGGUGACGCUAGAAACAUUCUUGGCAUGGAAAGAUCGUAAAAGAAAGGAAAAAAUCGCAAAGGCUGAAAAGGAAAAGAACAAGAAAAAGAAAGAUUUUGCUCAAGGAAAAAUGUUUGGGAUAAGUGGUCGUCAGAUGUUUGAGUUCAAUCCUGACAUGAUCGCUGAUGAAGAUGACGAAGAUGGUGAAGUGAUGACCUACACACGAGAGGAGAGUGAUGAUGAGGGCGAAGAUAAAGUUGCUGUUGUGGAGAUAGACUUAGAUGCAAUAAGUAAGGCUGCUGUUGCAGUUGAUGAAAAACAUAUAACUGUUUCCAAAGCUAAAGACCGCUCUGGGGCAACUAGUGCUCCAAUGACUAAUGGCAUUGAUAAAAAUACAAAUGGUGAAGCCUCAAAAUUAGGUGUUGCUGGAGCCAUACCUGAUAAAAAAUCUGAGGCUGAUGCUGCAGUAGCUGCCACGACUCAUGGCAUUGAAAAUGGGGCCAUGGGUGGAGAUAUAGACAUUGAUGAGAACCUGUUUGAUGAUGAAGAUUUGGACGCACUAGAAGAUGAUCUAGACACUUUAGAAUUAGACGCAUGACCCAAGUUACCUGUAGUGUAAAAUUAAGGAUUGCUGACUGACUAAAUCAUGCUUUUUGUAGUAGUCCCUUUAGAUCUUCCAUAUUCUUGAACAACUAACCUAUACAAGAAAAGUCAGUUAGUGUGUGGUCCGUCGAUAAAUCAAUGUCCAUCAAAAACAUUGUAACCUUUACUUUAUGGAGAUUUUGAAUAAACUCCAUCCUCCCAGUUGACAUGAUACCUUCAAUAAUGUCAGUGGCUAAUUUGAGGAAAUUAAUACCAUCAAUGCCAGUGAUGGUGUUUACAUCAAUCUCCCAUGUUUUUUAAUGGAAGUCAGUUUUCUUUCAGUAGAAUUAUAUUUUCCAUUUGGAAUCUUACAUUUGUUUACUACAAGGGGAAUAGGAACAAUGAUAAUUUAGAUAAUUUCAAACCUAUAUUUACUAUUGUUCUACAUUUUAUUGAUCGUGUGAAUACAUUUCCAUAUUGGAAGUGUUGGGUCACAAUUGGAUCUUGAAGAUUGUACCUGUAUAUGAGUUGGUUUAAGAAAUAUACAUGAAUAUUAUUUAUCUGAA